AUGGUCACACUGGCGGUCGCAGCACGCGGCGCCUCUGGCCCAGACGCUGUCCUCGAGCUCGCCGAUGGCACGACCUACUCUGGCAUCAACUUCGGUGCCGCGAAAAGCAUAGCCGGCGAAUGCGUAUUCCAGACAGGAAUGAGGAUCAAGGCCGAACUUGACUCUCUACCAGCAGAGUUUGAGUCGAGCCGAAUUCAUGUCGCCGGCCUUGUUGUCGCGGCCUACUCCGAGGAAUAUAGCCAUUUCUUGGCUCAGUCGUCUCUUGGCGCCUGGCUCAAGGAGAACAAUGUUCCCGCCAUCUACGGCGUCGAUACUAGGGCUCUUACUAAACGUAUUCGAGACAAGGGAUCUAUGCUCGGUCGAAUUACGAUUGGGAACCAAGAAGUCCCGUUUUCGGACCCGAAUGUUCAAAAUCUCGUUGCUCAAGUGUCUAUCAAGAAACCUCAGCUCUAUACCCCUUCGUCCGUUUCAAAAGCCCAGUCCAGGCAACACCCAUCUGGUCGUCCCCUUCGCGUGGUCGCGUUCGAUGUCGGAAUGAAAUAUAAUCAAAUCCGGUGUUUCACGUCACGUGGGGUAGAGCUGCUCGUCGUGCCUUGGGACUAUGAUCUUGCUUCUCACCCUGCCGAUAGUUAUGACGGCGUAUUCAUCUCCAAUGGUCCGGGCGAUCCAUCACUUCUCACCCCAACCAUUACCCAAAUCAGUCGCCUGAUUAGCCUUCCGGCUUCGGCCGCGAAGCCCGUUUUCGGUAUUUGCUUGGGCCACCAGCUUCUCGCUCUUGCGGCCGGCGCUACAACCUCCAAGAUGAAGUACGGAAAUCGCGGCCACAACAUUCCUUGCAGCGAUACCCGCUCUGGACGAUGCUACAUCACUUCUCAAAACCAUGGUUUCCAAGUUGAAGCCAAAUCUCUGCCCCAAGGAUGGCACGAACUGUUUGUCAACGCCAACGAUGGCAGCAACGAGGGUAUCUACUGCUCAAACAUGCCAUUCUUCUCGGUCCAAUUCCAUCCGGAGAGUACCCCUGGCCCUCGCGACACCGAAUUCCUCUUCGAUGUAUUCAUAGAGAAUAUCGCAUCGUGCGCAGAGACUUCCUCCCUUGUUCCGAUUCAACUCCCGGGAAGUGGUCCAGUCAACCAACCCGCUGUUCCACCCCCGAUCGACCGAAUUCCGGUCAAGAAGGUUUUGGUCCUCGGCUCGGGAGGUCUUUCGAUCGGCCAGGCCGGCGAGUUUGAUUAUUCGGGUUCGCAAGCCAUCAAGGCGCUCAAAGAGGAGGGCAUCUACACGGUCCUCGUCAACCCGAACAUCGCUACGAUCGCAACAUCAAAGGGUCUCGCCGACAAGGUGUACUUCCUGCCAGUCACUCCCGAGUUCGUUAGGAAAAUCAUCAAAUACGAACGUCCAGAUGGUAUCUACGUUACGUUUGGAGGUCAAACCGCGUUGAGCGUUGGUAUCGCCCUCAAAGACGAAUUCGAGUCCCUCGGAUGCCGUGUCUUGGGAACUCCCAUCGAGACCAUCAUCAUGACCGAGGAUCGCCAGCUAUUCGCCGACGCGAUGGCUGAAAUAGGAGAAAAGUGUGCUCAGUCGGCUUCGGCUGCGACCAUCGACGAAGCUCGUGCUGCUGCCAAGACGAUCGGGUUCCCGGUUAUCGUUCGUGCAGCCUAUGCCCUCGGCGGUCUCGGAAGUGGGUUUGCCCAAAACCAAGAGCAGCUGGACGCUCUGUGCGCCAAGGCGUUUGCGACGAGUCCGCAAGUUCUAGUCGAGAAAAGUAUGAAGGGAUGGAAGGAGAUUGAAUACGAAGUCGUAAGGGAUUGUCGUGACAAUUGCAUCACGGUCUGUAACAUGGAGAACUUCGAUCCCCUCGGUAUUCAUACCGGAGAUUCUAUCGUCAUUGCUCCUUCGCAAACCCUUUCCGAUCAAGAUUAUAACAUGCUUCGUACAACUGCGAUCAAUGUUAUCCGGCACCUCGGUGUAGUUGGAGAAUGCAAUAUCCAAUAUGCUUUGAACCCGACGUCGAAGGAAUACUGCAUCAUUGAGGUCAAUGCUCGUCUUUCUCGAUCCUCAGCCCUCGCAUCAAAAGCAACAGGCUAUCCUCUCGCAUUCAUCGCCGCCAAACUUGGUUUACACAUUCCCCUCAACGCAAUCUCCAACUCGGUAACACGCUCGACAACAGCCUGCUUCGAGCCCUCGUUAGACUAUGUCGUCGUUAAGAUUCCGCGAUGGGACUUGAAGAAGUUUAGCCGUGUCAGCAAAUUGCUGAGCUCGAGCAUGAAGAGUGUCGGAGAAGUCAUGAGCGUGGCGAGGACCUUUGAAGAAGCGAUUCAAAAAGCCAUUCGAGCGAUCGACGAUAGUUUUGUCGGAUUUGCACCGAAUGGAUUCGUGGACGAUAUUGAUGAAGAGCUCGUGAAUCCGACCGAUAAGCGUAUCUUUGCUAUUGCGGAUGCCUUCCAGCGCGGAUACUCUGUGGAGAAAAUUUGGGAAAUGUCGAACAUUGAUCGAUGGUUUUUGACAAAGUUGAAAGGAAUCUGGGAGAUGGAGCAAGACGUCGUCAAAGGGGGCCUCGCUGGACUCACCUCUCUAAAGCUCCGCAACGCCAAGCAGUACGGGUUCUCUGACCGACACCUCGCAUCAUGCCUUCAAUCGACCGAAAUUGCGAUCCGCCGCUUGAGACAGGAAUACGCCGUCUAUCCGUUUGUGAAGCAAAUCGACACCGUCGCUGCCGAGUUCCCCGCAUACACCAACUACCUGUACAUGACUUACAACGCCGUCGAGCACGACGUCCAGUUCGAUGAUCACGGAGUGAUGGUUCUCGGAUCGGGUGUCUAUCGUAUUGGCUCAUCAGUCGAAUUCGAUUGGUGUGCAGUUCGGGCUAUUCGUACCCUUCGUGACCAGGGAAUCAAGACGAUCAUGGUCAACUACAAUCCCGAAACAGUCAGUACGGACUACGACGAGGCCGAUAGACUGUACUUUGAAAAUAUCUCCCUCGAGACGAUCAUGGAUAUUUAUGAUGCCGAAACGUCCAGCGGAGUUAUCCUGUCCAUGGGUGGUCAAACUCCGAACAAUAUUGCACUCCCACUCCACCGCCAGAACGUCAAGAUCUACGGAACCUCGCCUGAAAUGAUUGAUACUGCUGAAAAUCGGUACAAAUUCUCCCGUUUGCUCGAUACGAUCGGAGUCGACCAACCGCAGUGGAAAGAGCUAACGAGCUUCGACGAGGCGUUCAAGUUUUGCGAAAAGGUCAAAUACCCCGUGCUUGUCCGCCCAUCAUAUGUUCUUUCGGGAGCUGCUAUGAACGUUGUAUCGAGCCCCGAUGAUUUGGCGUCCUACUUGACUCAGGCAACCGCCGUAUCCCGCGACCAUCCCGUCGUCAUUUCCAAGUACAUUGAAGAAGCAAAGGAAAUCGAGAUGGACGCAGUCGCUCGCGAUGGUAAACUCGUCAUGCACUACAUCUCGGAGCACAUUGAAAACGCCGGUGUCCACUCUGGAGACGCAACUCUCGUCCUUCCUCCUCAGGAUCUUGACCCAGAAACCAUCCGUAAAAUCGAAGACGCCACUUCCAAGAUUGGGAAUGCUCUCAAUGUUACUGGGCCAUUCAAUAUCCAGUUCAUCGCCAAGAAUAACGAGAUCAAAGUCAUCGAAUGUAACCUCCGCGCAGCGCGUUCGUUCCCGUUCGUGAGCAAGGUUUCUGGCGUUGAUGCGAUUGAGCUUGCGACUCGAGUCAUGAUGGGUCUGCCGGUUGAGCCCUACCCGCCCAUGUCCUUGCCCGAGAACUACGUUGGCGUCAAGGUUCCACAAUUCAGUUUCAGUCGUCUUUCUGGUGCCGAUCCGGUUCUCGGUGUGGAAAUGGCCUCGACUGGUGAAGUAGCUUGCUUCGGAAAAGACAAGUACGAGGCGUACCUCAAGGCUUUAAUCUCGACCGGUAUUCAGCCCCCAAAGAAAAAUAUUCUGUUAUCUAUCGGAGGUUACAAGGAGAAGCUCGAGAUGUUGCCGUCGGUCCAGAAACUUCAUCAAGCGGGAUAUCGCCUCUUUGCGACAGCAGGAACAGCCGACUUUUUCGUCGAGCACAAUGUGCCUUGCAAGUACUUGGAAGCCUUGGGAGAAGACGAUCUCAAAGACGCUCAAAAGUCGGAGUAUUCGCUCACCCAGCAUCUCGCCAACAAUUUGAUCGACAUGUACAUCAAUCUUCCGUCCAAAAACAAGUACCGUCGCCCAGCUAGUUACAGCAGUAAAGGCUAUCGCACGCGUCGUAUGGCAGUUGACUUCGCUAUCCCUCUCAUCACCAACGUCAAAUGCGCCAAGUUGCUCGUCGAAGCGCUCGUCAGGCGUAUGCCCCUCGAUGUCUCAAAUGUAGACUACAAGACUUCACAUACGACACAUACAUUCCCAGGACUGGUUAAUAUACAAGCCUUCGUCCCUAGCCUCACAGAAAAUAACUCGACGGCAUUCUCAGAGGUCACAAAGGCUUCAAUUUGCGGAGGAUUCACGACCGUACAGGUUAUUGCCCAUGGCGCGCAGCCUGGGUCAGGGAUCACAGACACAAAUAAACUGGAUGUCGCCCAGUCGAACGCUGUCGGCGCCGCCCAUUGCCACUAUGCACUAUGUGCCAUGGCCGCUGGAGCUAAUACCAAAUCACUUGACGAGGACAUUCAGGCCGAGACCAAGGCGCUCUUUAUUCCAUUCCGAGGACCCGAAGGAGGGGUGAACGACAUUGGCUCGGUGGCUGCUCACUUUGCAUCUUGGCCAAACGAGAAACCCGUUAUCACAGAUGCCGCAACGACCGAUUUGGCGAGCGUCUUGUUAUUGGCUAGCUUGCAUGGUCGAAGCGUGCAUGUCACGAAUGUCAUGACUCGGGGAGAUAUCAACUUGAUAGUAUUGAGCAAGGCCAAGUCCCUCAAAGUUACUUGCGACGUCUCGGUAUAUGCGCUAUUUUUCUCUCAAGACACCUAUCCUGGAGCGACCUGCCUUCCCAACGCGGAUGAUCAAAAGGCACUUUGGGAGAAUAUAAAGCACGUCGAUGUGUUUUCGAUUGGCACGACACCGUACUUGCUAGCUACUCAACUGGGCAAGACCGUCUCUCCCAAGUCUGGAAUUUACGAGACCCUGCCACUCCUGCUAUCUGCCGUCGCCCAAGGCAAACUAUCACUGGAUGAUAUUAGCAAAAAAUUGCACGACAACCCGAUCAGCAUUUUUGGUCUUGCCGAACAGGUGCACACUCAAGUCGAAGUUGUCGUCGACCGCAAAGCCCAACUCCCGCCUGCAGAAUACUGGUCGCCGCUAGAAGGAACUGCAAUCACCGGAUUUGUUCAUCGUGUCGUGGUUCACGGGAGCACUGUAUUCCUCGAUGGGAUCGCCUCUUCGACUGCAAUGGGUCGCGACUUGUCCUCGGCGACUUCAGUACCCCGGACAGCACAGGACCGCGCAUUGCGUGCCUCGUUUGUCGGCCCACGCCGGCCUUCGGUCAGUGCGACAGAGGGACUCCAGACUGCUCCACUCGUCCCGUAUGCGCCUGCCACUGCUUCAGGGUUAGCUCCUCAGGGAAUGUCGAUUUUGCCAAGCACGCUCCGCCAACAUGCUACACCCAGCCUGGGCACUCUCGCACCUCACCCAGCAUUCCACCGCCGCCACAUUCUAUCCGUCCGCCAAUUCACACAUGACGAUCUUCACUACCUCUUCAACCUUGCUGGGGAGAUGCGCCUCCAUGUCGAACGAUCCGGAACGCUCGACCUUCUCCGUGGCCGAGUGUUGUGUACAUUAUUCUACGAACCGUCGACCCGUACUUCGGCGAGCUUCGAAGCGGCUAUGAAGCGACUUGGUGGAGAUGUGGUAGCUGUGACUGCUGAUUCUUCGUCUGUGGCCAAGGGAGAAAGUCUAGCUGAUACAGUCCGCACGUUGGGAUGCUAUGGCGAUGCUGUGGUGCUCAGGCAUCCAGCUGUGGGAAGCGUUCAGACUGCGGCCAAGUUUUCGCCCGUACCAGUGCUAAAUGCUGGAGAUGGAGUAGGAGAACACCCCACACAGGCACUGCUAGAUAUUUACACCAUCCGAUCCGAGCUUGGAACUGUCAACGGGCGAACAAUUACUCUCCUUGGGGACCUCAAAAAUGGACGCACGGUUCACAGCCUCGUGAACCUCUUGUGCUUCUACAGCGUUCAACUUAACUUUGUGUCUCCGCCUUCCUUAGCGAUGCCCGAAUCUGUCACUGCUGCCGCUCGACGUGCUGGUGUGACCGUGCGGGAGUACAAUUCUUUGGACGAGGUUUUGGGGGAUACGGAUGUGUUGUACGUGACUCGGGUUCAGAGAGAACGCUUCGAGAGCGACGAGGCGUAUGAAAGCGUGAAAAACGCAUAUGUCAUCAAUCAGGCUGUGCUCGCUCGGGCCAAGGAGGAUAUGAUCGUCAUGCAUCCUUUGCCUCGUCUACAAGAAAUUGACCCAGACGUGGACUUUGAUUCUCGCCGUGCGGUAUACUUCCGGCAGAUGCGUUAUGGGUUGUUCAUCAGGAUGGCUCUCCUCGCAAGCAUCCUUGCAUAA